AUGGAGGAGGAGAUAGCGGCCUUUAACCAGGCUGGUACUUGGACCUUAGUAGAUUUACUGACACGGAAGAAGGCUAUUGGGUGUAAGUGGGUCUUAACCCCUACAACUUGUGCUGAUAGUACCCUUGACCGCCUUAAAGCUCGUUUGGUUGCUAAAGGCUAUGCUCAGACUUAUGGUGUUGAUUACUUCGAAACUUUCUCCCCUGGAAGCAUACCAUUUGAGAAUCCCAUUGAUGCCGCUAAGAGCAAGCCCUUUGAGAAUCCAGAGAAGUAUCAAAGAUUGAUUGGAAAAUUGAAUUAUCUUACUGUGACCCAUCCUGAUAUCACCUAUCCUGGGUCUCUAGGCUGUGGGAUAUUAUACAGAGAUUAUGGUCACAUAGAUAUUGAGUGUUUUUGUGAUACUGAUCAUGAUGGUUCAAAAGCCACGAGAAGAUCCACUACAGGAUAUUGCAUCUUUGUGGGAGGAAACUUGGUGUCCUGGAGGAGCAAGAAGCAAAAUGUGGUGUCCCAGUCAAGUGCAGAGACAGCAUAUAGAGCUAUGGCACAAUCUGUGUGUGAGAUAGUCUGGAUACAUCAGUUACUGAAGGAGGAUAAGAUCAAGGAAAACUUCAUCUCAACAAAACACGUGAGAUCCAAUGAUAAGCUAGGUGACCUCCUUACUAAAGCUUUGAAUGGGGUUCGGGUUGACUAUCUUUGUAACGAGUUAGGCAUGAUUGACAUCUAUGCUCCAAUUUAA